AUGAAAAUAACAACUAUCUUCCACACUGUAUUAUUGGCAUCCGCCGCCGUAAAUGCACAAGAUGCUCCCAAGAAAAGAGGGUUUUUAAGUGACUUAUUUGGUGGUUCCGAUGCUGCUGCUCCUGCUGCCGCUCCUGCCGCUGCUCUGGCUGCAACUUCAUCCACAACUGCUGCUGCUGCUGCUGCUCCUGUAGCUGCUGCAACGUCGCUGGCUGCAGGCGUUCUUGACCUUUUUGGACUUGACAGUUCCAAUUCCAAUUCAACAUCCAGUUCAAGUUCCAGCUCCAGUUCCAGCUCCAGUUCCAGCUCCAGUUCAAGUUCAAGUUCAAGUUCAUCUUCCACAAAAGCACCUGCCUUCAGAGUGUUGGCAGCCCAAGGCACAACACAAAGCUCGUCGAGCGCACCAGCCACCACUGAUUCUGGAUCCUUGUUCGACUUUUUGAAUGUCGACAGUUCUGCUUCUUCGAGUUCUUCGAGCCCAGCUUCAAGCUCUUCCAAAGUGUCUUCUUCCUCCCAAACUGGAGGACUUUUGAACCAAUUGUUCGCCGUGGCUCCUAGUGGUUCCAGUGGUUCCAGUGGUUCCAGCUCUGCUUCGGCUUCGGCUUCAAAGUCUGCUUCGGCCUCCUCUGCCUCGGCUUCCGUCACCGCUGCCCCAUUGGGUUUCCUCGGUGACUUGUUUGGAGGCUCCAGCUCGUCAAAGGCAUCUUCGGGUUCUGUUUCAGGUUCUUCUUCCGCUUCUUCGGCUGAUGACGAGGAAUGCGACGACGAAACAGACUCGGCAAGUCCCACCGAUGAUCCUGUUUCUGUGCCUCCUGCGUUCAGCAGUAUGUCGUUACCUCCACUCACGGGCUCACCUUCCGGGUCUUUGACCUCACUCGCAGCUGUGAGCGGCCAGCCUACUAGUGGUGCUUCAAGAUCUAGCGGAGUUUCUUCUGCUCGUUCUUUAGCUGCUUCUGCUCGUUCUUCGGUUUCAGCUUCUUCUGAAGAAGACGAUGAAGACUGCGAAACAGAAUCCAGUCUCCCAACCUUGCCUCCUUUACCUUCUUUGCUGGGCUCUGGAGGAGUGUUGCCAACUUUGCUGGGUUCUGGUGGAAUUUUACCAACUUUGCUGGGCUCUGGAGGAAUCUUGCCAACUUUGGGAUCCGCGUCAAGAAACUCAACAGGUUCAACUUCUGCUACUGUCUCACGCUCAACAGCUUCUGACGACGGUGACGACGAAGACUGUGAUCCUAGUGAAACCACAAUCAAGGGCGACCCAACCUAUGCUACUCUCCCCACUGAAAUCACCUCCAACGGUGAUCCUACCGGAAUCACCACUAGAGGAACUGCAACUACAACAGUAAUUACCACCGUCAAGACCACCAAUGGUGGAUCUGCCGUCACCUACACCACCACCAAGGUUGUGCAACCCACCCAAGGAUCUGAAGAUGACGAAGACUGUGAGGAAUACUAUACCCAAACCCAAACCUACUACACCACUUAUACCACCGUGAUCAAUGGUGCUACUGUCACCAAGGUGGUUGAGUGUGAUGAGUGCAAGGGAACCGGUUCUGGAAGUGGAAGUUCAGGCAGUGGAAGUUCAGGCAGUGGAAGUUCAGGCAGUGGUAGUUAUGGCGGUGGCUCCAGCUCUGGCUCUGGCGUCGAUGAAGACUGCGAGGACGACGAGUCAAGCCCCAGUUAUGGCUCUGGCUCUGGCUCUGGAACUUCUUAUGGAUCUGGAAGUGGAAGUUCUGGAAGUGGUUCAAACUAUGGCUCGGGUUCCGGCUCAAGUUCUGGCUCCGGCUCUGGCUCCGGCUCAACCUCCAAGCCGGGAUACUUGAUUCCAAGUGACGAUCAGUGUGACGAAGACUGUGUUGUUUGUGACGAUUCCGACGACGAGGACUUUGACUGGUUUGGAAAUGACACCGACGACGAGUGCGACGCAGACUGUGACGAGUGUGAUGCUGGAACCUCGGGAUCGACUUCGGGAUCGACUUCGGGAUCUGGUUCUGGUUCGGGUUCUGGUUCCGGUUCCGGUUCUGGUUCUAAAUCGGGAUCAGGCUCAGGUUCCGGUUCUGGCGGCUCAGGAUCUGGCUCCGGUUCAGGCGGCUCUGGCGGCGCUAAAACAUAUGUCUCCACCGUCCGCACAACUGCUGCUGGUGAACUGACAUGGUACUCCACAUCAGUAUCCACUUCCACACACAGUCCAGACGACGAAUGUGAUGACGAAGAAUCAGCAACAACCACCAAAAGUGCCACCACCACCUCAGGAUACGCAAACUCCACCAGCAAGCAAACGGGCGGGUUCCUCGCAGACUUGUUUGGAAGAGACGUUGAGAUCCUGUCGUCGGCAUGGGCCAAUACUUCCGUAACAAGCGCACCGGUGGUAGAGCAGCACCCCUCCAAUGGGUCUCGCCAGACAUCAUUCUCUACCGCGUUGGUAGCACUUGUGGUUUCGAUCGUGGCCUUCACCUUAAUUUAA